CCCACACUCACGCAAAAUAAAAAUAUUUAAACAGUAAAGACCCAACCGAACCACUUUGUAUUCCAUACAUCCCGCCUAAUGUCAUUCCCAGUCGCUAUACCUUCGAAGGAGAAACACUUCAUGACUCUCCAUAAGGAGGGAGGGUUGUACAUUCUGCACAUGCACAAUGCGGACAAUAGAUUCAAUUCAGAAUUCGUUGCCGCGUUGAACCAGGCCCUGUCGAUUGUUGAGGGAGAGUACAACUCUGCUGAAGAGCUGCAGGCCACUGCACUCGUCACCAUUGGAAACGACAAGAUUUACUCCAAUGGUCUCGACCUCAUGCAUGCUUUUGCCAAUCCCGCCUUUAUGGACGGCUAUUUGGCCUUAUUGAGGCGUCUUUUGACUUUCUGUAUCCCCACUGUCGCUGCUCUCAACGGACAUGCGUUCGCUGGUGGUUGUAUGAUGGCAUUUGCUCAUGAUUAUCGUGUUAUGCGUUCCGACAGAGGAUACAUUUGUAUGAAUGAGGUGGAUCUGCCUGCUCCUCUAGCACCAGGUAUGGCGGCUAUUCUUCGUGAAAAAAUGACUCCUCAUGUCUACCGCGAUAUGAUUCUACAAGGUCACCGCUUUACGGCAAAGGAAGCGUUGGAAACCCACCUUGUGGACGAAAUUGCUGAAGCUGACAAGGUGUUGCCUGCUGCCAAAGCCUUGGCUCUUAAGUGGGCUCCCAAGGCCAAAGCUGGCAUUGUGUACAAACAGCUAAAGGAUGAAAUGUUCACUAAUGUAGUAGCUAAAUUAUCGAUACCCUACCAUCGAUUAGCACCCAGAAUGUAAGAAUAGAAUUAAGAAAAAAUAUAGCGGCCAUAAAUUGUUUUUAUUACCCU